CCGGCUCUCCUCCGUCUACCUCCGUCCAGCCUUAGGAGGCCCCCAAGUGGCUGUCAACCCUCAUCACUUCAACUCCCGAUUAUAGAAGAGAUGGUCGAGCUCAAGCCAAUUUUCAAGAAGGCGUACUGGUCUCUGGCGGCUGCUGGACUGGUAUAUGUGCUCUUUGUCUGCUCCUUGACCUUCCCAGAGGUCCAACGUUUUGUCCUUUAUGCAAACAAGAUCAAUCCCACCUUAUGGCAAGAUGUGAAUCAAGUUGAACAAUUUGGUUUCUUGAGAACCCAAGUCCAACCGUUCCAUUUGGUGACCCCUGACAAUGAAACGCUUUAUGGCUGGCACUUGAUGCCAUUGCACCUCUGCCUGGAACAUGAACAGGAGCUGAUGGAGAAUCCGACCUCCGGCCCAGCAGAGGAUUACACUAAGACAGUUGCCCACAGACUCCUCGCCGAUGACCCCAAUGCUAGAGUUGUUGUAAGCUUCCAUGGGAAUGCGGCACACCUGGGCUCUGCUCAACGCCCUGCCACGUACAAUACCAUGCUGAGCCUAUCUACCCCGUCGAACCCAGUCCAUGUCUUUGCAAUUGACUAUCGUGGCUUUGGCGUGAGCACUGGGUCUCCCUCUGAAGAAGGUCUUAUUACCGACGGUGUUGCUUUAAUCAACUUCCUCACAGCGGGAGCAUACAACAUCCCCACUUCUCGAAUCGUCAUUAUGGGCCAGAGUCUUGGAACUGCAGUCACAACCGCAGUAGCAGAACGGUUUGCGUUUGGAUCAUCCAACCCGUCAGCUCUACAACCAGCCAUCAAGAAUGCCGAGCCUUUUGCCGGUGUGGUCUUGCUGGCGGCCUUUAGCAGCUUGUCGAACGUCAUCCAGUCUUAUAGCUUGAAGGGUCUCACGCCGCCUAUGCUUUCACCUCUGAUCCAAUAUCCCCGCGCCCAACAGUGGCUAUUGAGUCACAUUGUGGAUCAUUGGGAUACGGGUGCGAGAUUGGCACGCCUUACUGGCGUCAGCCCAGGGGGCUCGGACUCUUCGAAUACCAACUAUACUGAUAAGAGCCUCGAUCUGACCAUUGUUCACUCUUUCGAUGAUGUUGAAAUUCCCUGGUAUGAAGGGCGCCGUGUCUGGGAGGCUGCCACGGGCAAGGAUCUCAAACAUGCUCCUGGAUCUUUGGUGUAUGUCAAGACUGAAGACGGUAACCCAAGCGAGGUUAAGAUCUGGAAGAAUGAGAUCAACAAGGGUGGCACCGAGAUUGUGAAGAAGGUCAGAUGGGAACGCAUUCGAUAUGGUGGUCACAACCGCGUUGCAUCCGGUUCUGUGGCUGGCCUUGCCGUUAUGAGGGCUUUCGAGAAAUGA